AUAGAAGUUAUAUAUACUUCAACAAGAAAUGGUUAAAUUAAAGCGAGGAAAGUUCAGUUGCAAACCUUUUUUUCUGUUAUAAAUCGAUCAUGAUAAAUGAUACACCAUUCAUGAUGAAUAUCCCGUAAAUGUAAAUGAACGGGUAACGUGUCGCGUUCUUAUCUGUCUCACCGGUUCAUAAUUGAACUUAGGUUCACAAGUGAAGCUAUCCCUGAAAGUAAAACAUAAGAGAUUUUGAGAUUAUUGGGUGGAUGGCAUGAACAAGGGGGUUGAAUGUAAUUAUGUAAUAUUAUAGGGGGUUUAAUGUAAUAAUAACGAACUUCUGAAUCCGUACAAAAUUCCCGAAAUGUAAGCGCUUUUCUGUUAACAACAAGCGGGCGGUUUUCCACAUUUUCGUUUUUUCGAGUUUAUUCCGCUCGUCUUCGCUCUUCGCCCCUUCCAUUUUCAAAAUCAUUCUCCAUAGUUUCUUGUAGGAAAACCAAAAAUCCAGAUCAAUUUCCCAGGAAAUUCUAUUCAAUUUGAUACAAAAUGGUUUAUUAGGGAUCGAAGGGGAAAGAUAAUCGGAGAUUUACGAUGGAGAAGACAGACCAAUCGCGGAAAUUGUAUACUCGUAUGAGAUUAUGGGAGUUACCUGAUCAAUACGUUGCGGAACCCCUUGAUGUUUCCACUGGUCCUUGUUUGGCUGUUAAUCGAGAUGGCUCUUUGGCUCUUGUUGAUGAAGUCCCACAUUGUACGACCGUUCGAGUUCCUAGAAUUCAGACAAUUUACGGUGUUGUUGGGAUACUAAAGCUUUUGGCAGGAUCAUAUUUGAUAGUUAUAACAGAACGUGAAUGUGUCGGGUCAUACCUAGGCCAUCCCAUCUACAAACUUUUGUCACUGAAAGUUUUUCCUUGUGAUCGUGCAGUAAAGAACGCCCGUGAUGAAAAGAAAAAGAUGGAAUCCGAGUUUUAUGGCCUGUUAAAAGUUGCUGAGAAAACACCUGGCCUUUAUUUUUCAUAUGAUGUCAAUAUAACACUAAGUGCCCAACGGUUGAAUGACUUGGGUGAUGAAUCAAGUUGGCUUCCUCUCUGGAGGCAGGCAGAGCCUCGGUUUCUAUGGAAUAAUUACAUGUUGGAACUUCUCAUAGAUAACAAGCUUGAUCCGUACAUUCUUCCUAUUCUUCAAGGGACUUACCAGAACUUUCAAGCAGCAAUCGGAAAAGAUAUUAUAGACGUUACCCUGAUAGCAAGGAGGUGUACUAGGAGAAAUGGGACUCGGAUGUGGAGAAGAGGGGCUGAUCUUGAUGGGUAUGUAGCAAAUUUCGUGGAAAGUGAACAAAUCAUACAGUUAAAAGGGUAUACAGCAUCAUUUGUACAGGUCCGAGGGUCAAUUCCUUUUCUCUGGGAUCAGAUUGUUGAUUUGUCAUAUAAGCCCAAGUUUGAGAUUCUGAAACCCGAGAAAGCACCUCGAGUUGCGGAACGGCACUUUCUGGAUUUAAACAAGAAAUAUGGAAAUGUUUUAGCCAUUGAUCUUGUAAAUACGCGUGGUGAUGAAGGACGCUUGACUGAAAAGUUUGCCACUGCAAUGCAGAGAAUUAUUAGUGAUGAUGUGAGAUACUUGCACUUCGACUUCCAUAAGAUAUGUGGACAUGUUCAUUUUGAGCGGCUAUCUAUCCUUUAUGAUCAAAUUGAAGAUUUCUUGAUUAAAAAUAGGUACUAUCUGUUAAAUGAUAAGGGUGAAAAAGUUGAAACGCAAAUUGGAAUAGUGCGGACGAAUUGUAUAGAUUGCUUAGACCGUACAAAUGUCACACAGAGCAUGAUUGGGCGAAAAAUGUUGGAAUUCCAACUUCAAAGGCUUGGUCUUUUUGAUGCUGAAGAAAGCAUCAGCACACAUCCCAAUUUUGAUGACUGCUUCAAAAUAUUAUGGGCUAAUCAUGGGGAUGAUAUUAGCAUCCAGUAUUCUGGCACACCUGCUCUCAAAGGAGAUUUUGUCAGAUUUGGUCGGAGGACAAUCAAAGGAAUUCUUAAAGACGGAUGGAAUGCGCUAAUGCGCUAUUACCUGAAUAAUUUUGUUGAUGGUACAAAACAGGAUUCAAUUGAUUUGGUGCAAGGGCAUUACAUUGUUUCUCUUUCGCGAGACUUGGCUCCUAAGCUGAAAAAAGGAGGGCUAGAGAAUAUUGCGCCCUUUCCUGUUGUUUUGGGAGUGGUCUUGAUGGGGAUCUUUUUUUCAUUGAUGUCAAUCAUGCGAGUUCGAGAUGAUUAUUGGCAAUUGCCACUUUCUAUUUUCUGGGCAACGCUCAGUAUAGUGAUCAUAAGAUACGUAAGAGCCAAUCGCCGGGCUUUCUGCAACAGACCACGGCUGCACAAACCGCCACACUGAUUUCUGACAGCCACAGGUACUUAAUUUGACCUUCGAAAGAUUUUUCGCUCUUCGCUGUUGCUGGCUAAGCUAAUUGCAUCAUUUCUCAUAUAUAUAUAGCUCUCACAUUGUUCAUCGGUGAUAUAUUAUAUAUAAGUUCGGUAACUAUA